AUGGUCUUCUUCCGUUCUGCUACUCGCGCUGUGCGCCCUGCCGCCGCCUCGCUGCGUGCCUCCCNNCCUCUUGCAGGUGCCUCUCUUUCCUCCCCUCUCAGAUCCGCCGGUGCCAUUCGCACGCUAUCGGCCACUUCCCGCCAGAAUGGCAAGGUUUUGAUGGUUUUGUACGAUGGCUUUGAGCACGCAAAGGAGGAGCCUCAAUUGCUCGGUACCACCGAGAACGAGCUCGGUCUGCGCAAGUGGAUCGAGGACCAGGGCCACGAGCUCAUCACCACCUCGGACAAGGAGGGUGAGAACUCGACCUUUGACCAGCACCUUGUUGACGCUGAGGUCAUCAUCACCACUCCCUUCCACCCUGGUUACCUGACCAAGGAGCGUCUGGCCAAGGCCAAGAACCUCAAGAUUGCCGUUACUGCUGGUAUUGGUUCUGACCACGUCGACUUGGAUGCUGCCAACAAGACCAACGGCGGUAUCACUGUUGCCGAGGUCACUGGUUCCAACGUUGUUUCGGUUGCUGAGCACGUCGUCAUGACCAUGCUGGUUCUGGUCCGCAACUUUGUGCCCGCCCACGAGCAGAUCGCCGCCGGAGACUGGAACGUUGCCGCCGUCGCCAAGAACGAGUACGAUCUUGAGAACAAGGUUGUUGGUACCGUUGCCGUUGGCCGUAUCGGUGAGCGUGUCCUUCGCCGUCUGAAGGCAUUCGACUGCAAGGAGCUUCUCUACUACGACUACCAGCCUCUGUCGGCCGAGAAGGAGGCCGAGAUUGGCUGCCGUCGUGUCGAGAACCUCGAGGAGAUGCUUGCUCAGUGUGAUGUUGUCACCAUCAACGCCCCUCUGCACGAGAAGACCCGUGGUCUGUUCAACAAGGAGUUGAUCUCCAAGAUGAAGAAGGGUAUGUGUUUUCUCCUUGCCUCUCUCCCUUCACAAAUUCCAAUUACUAACUUUUUCUUUCCAACAGGCUCAUGGCUCGUCAACACCGCCCGUGGUGCCAUCGUCGUCAAGGAGGACGUCGCCGAAGCCCUCAAGACCGGCCAGCUCCGCGGUUACGGAGGUGAUGUCUGGUUCCCCCAGCCCGCGCCCGCCGACCACCCUCUCCGCACCGCCCAAUACACCCACUGGGGCGGCGGCAACGCCAUGGUUCCCCACAUGUCCGGAACCUCCAUCGAUGCCCAGAAGCGCUACGCCGCCGGCACCAAGGCCAUCCUCCAGUCCUACUUCUCGGGCAAGCACGACUACCGCCCUGAGGACCUUAUCGUUACCGGUGGUGACUAUGCCACCAGGNCUUAUGGCCAGCGCAAGUAG